AUGACAUUGUUUGACAAUAGAACACACACUCUGCUAACACCCACAACCAUUGAUUGUCUAAUCAUUGUUUACAUUGUUGCCAUGUUUAAUUUUGAGGCAAAAAUGUCAAAAUCCAACAGUAACAUUGUUGUUCCCGAGGCUUUUCCAUGCAUUUUAAAAACAUACGCAAAAGAUGCAUUGCGAACACAACCUUACGAUUUGCUAUCGUGGUCAGCUGCCUACUUUCGUUGUAUUGCCAACAAUGUUCAACCACCGGCUAAAUUACGAUUUGAAGAAAACACAGAACAAAUGAUUGAGGCUCGGUCAUUGACCAAGGAGUACUUGAAAGUUUUGAUUAAGCAGAUUGGAAAAGGUUAUUUUAUUGAACGACGAGUAUUGGAAGCGAGAUGGAAAGGAAUUGGAUUGUCUGAGAACGAUUUGUUGGCAUUUUUGAAUGUCUGUGGAAUGAUCCAUUGGGAGCGAGUUCAUUGGCUCGAAUUAUUAUCCGUAAUGGCUGCAUCCAUGUGCUUGGACUUUGAAUCGACAAUCGAAUUUAUUUGUGAGCUGCUAACAGAUGAUGCGGAAGGUGGUUUGAAUUCGAUACCACUUUGGAUGUUUAGAACGUGCUAUCUAUUUCUUGCACAAUUGGACCCGAGCGUAAUAGAAGACACGAGAGAUAGUCCAGCCGGGAAGUCAGACAAUCAACCAGCACAAAUAAACGCACAACAUUUUCGAAAUGGACUCAUAGAAGAAUGGAAGGCGUGUGUGAAAUUUGAUGAUGAACAGAGCAAUCCAUCGAUUUCCUCGGCCUUUGAUCGUAUCAAAACUACAGUGACCUUCACAGAAACGAUUCAAGUGCUAUCUAAAAUCAGUUCGGAUUCAGAGAAUGAUAAAAUCACUGACGAGAAUGCAAUGAAAAGUAUCGACUCGAACUGGAAAUACGAAGUCAUUCGCAGGAUUGGAGCGCCAUGGAAUUGGAUUUAUCAGUUUGUUGACCAUUAUCUACCGAAUCUGAGAUCGUACAAUUUCUACGAAUGUCAGCACAAGCUUGAAAGUAUGGAACCAAUUGAAAAAUUGGACGCUUUGCAUCUAAAGGCACCAAAUAUUCCAGGAAUCGGUUCAACAAUUCCAGUUGAAGUAACAAAUGCAUUUAUGAAUUAUCUGCAGGCAAAAGCGAUGGAAAAUGAUGGUCUGAUUUCUCCAAAAUAUUUCAAAGAGGAAAAUUGUCCAUGCAUGUGUUGAAUGAAGUGUAUGAAAAGUGUAUAUUUUAUGGGAAAUUAAAAAAAAGUUGAAUGUUUUAUUUUGCAUCUAAAAUUGCAACAAUUUUGUAUC